UGAUUUGAGCAGCAAAGCAUGUGAGUAGGGUAAAGUUGGAGUCGGAGAGUAGCUGAGCUUCAUCAGUAGUGCUCAGUCAAAGCUCCAGCUGGCAGCCAGACGUAGUUUUCUCCAAAGUGCGCUCCGAACACAACACCAACUAACGAGUUGUUUUCUUAUCCGAUUGCUGAAAACUAUCAGCAAUGAAGUACGCAUUAGUUUUAAUCCUGGUCGUCGCCUUCCUGGCGUUGGAGACCACUGCGGCCAAGAAGAAGGUGCGUCGUUUAAAAUGGAAGCCUAGGCCGACUGAAGCAGUUGCACCACCAGAGGACGACGCAAAUACAAAUGAAGUUGAAGAUGACAAUAUCAAAAUGAUGGAUCAGGAUGAAGAUUUCGCCAAGCAGCAGGAACUUUUGCGUGAGAACGAACGUGCUCGCGAAGAAGCACCAACUGAUCCGGAAAUGUUCAAUAUGGUUCAACUUCCUGACGUUUGCGCUGAAGUAAUCUGUGGAGCCGGCCGAGUUUGUGUACCAAACGCUGAAAACGUUGGCGUUUGUGAAUGCAUUUCUGAAUGCCCAGUGGAGACAGAAGCGCGCCGCAAAGUGUGCUCUAAUCACAAUGAAACCUGGACCUCUGACUGCGCAAUUUACCAGCAUCGAUGCUGGUGCGACACCGGCGAUUUGCGCUGCAAGAGCGAGACCUACAAGCAUGUGCACGUUGAAUACUACGGUGAGUGUCGUGACAUGCCUGAAUGCAGCGAGGGCGAGAUGGCCGACUUUCCGCGUCGCAUGCGCGACUGGCUCUUCAACAUAAUGCGCGAUCUUGCUGACCGCGACGAGUUGCCCGCAUAUUACCGUCGGCUGGAGGCUGAGGCCGAGACCAAUAUGACCAAGAGAUGGGCGAAUGCUGCUGUCUGGAAGUGGUGUGACUUGGAUGGACAACCCCACGAUAGAUCUGUGUCUCGCCACGAAUUAUUCCCAAUCCGAGCACCGUUGAUGUCGUUGGAGCAUUGUAUUGCGCCAUUCCUUAAUGGUUGCGAUGAGGAUAGCAACCACCGCAUCACCUUGAAAGAAUGGGCUAAAUGCCUGGAGCUCGCUGAAGAGGACAUCGAUGAAAAGUGUGAAGGCAUCGACGCCGACGCUGAUGCGGUUUAAAUCCAUUCAUUUAAACUUUUGGUGCCAUAUUAACACUACUAGCAGUCACAUUUUUAAACUUAUACAUUGUGUUCACUAAGGCCUAAGCAAUAUGUAAAUGAUUUUAUAGUAAAAAUUCUUUUUGUAAUUGUUCUAAUCAAGAAAGUUUUAAAGAAAUUGAUGAAUAAACAUGUAAACUAAUGUAAA